CUAUUUGCAUUUUCAAGGACGCUGGUGCAACUUCUGUAAUAGUUGGGUUGCCGGCUAACUUUUGAAAUGUCACAGAGGGAUGUCGUUGAAGGUCAACCGGACUAUACUGAAAUGAAAGGGAGGAGCUCUGAAUGUCCACCACAAACAGAUGGUAGUUGUCGUGUAGUUAGAGUGAAUAGCCCUCAGUUAACCAGCUACUGCAAAAAUGAUAUCAGUACUGCAAAGUACAACUGUUUCACCUUCCUCCCGAAAUUCUUAAUCGAACAGUUUCGCAGAUAUGCUAAUAUAUUUUUCCUAGUCAUUGCUCUUCUCCAACAAAUUCCUGGAGUUUCGCCUACUGGAAGAUUCACAACGCUUGUCCCAUUGUGUAUAAUACUAACUGUCUCAGCUAUCAAGGAAAUGAUUGAAGAUUUCAGAAGGCACCGAGCUGACGACGCCACGAACAAUGAAAAAACUCUUGUGUUGCGUGACCAAGUCUGGGUCGAAACAUGUUGGAAAGAUCUGAUGGUUGGGGAUCUUGUAAAAGUUUGCAGUAAUCAAGGAAUCCCUGCCGAUCUUGUUCUUUUGGCAUCUAGUGAACCCCAAGCUAUGUGUUAUAUUGAGACCAGCAAUCUAGACGGGGAAACAAACUUAAAACUACGCCAAGGUUUACCAGCUACAAGUCAUCUCUUAACUGCUGGUGAGCUGAGUUCUUUUGAGGCUGUUGUUGAAUGUGAAUUACCGAAUAGGAAGCUAGAUGAAUUUGUUGGUGUCAUUCGAACCGCUGAUGGAAUGUCAUAUCCCUUAAAUCCAACACAACUAAUUUUACGUGGUGCAUCGCUGAAAAAUACAAAAUGGAUCUUUGGUUUAGCAGUGUACACUGGCAAAGAAUCAAAAGUUAUGCUAAAUUCAACUGCAGCUCCACUUAAACGAUCAUCGGUUGAACGUCAAACAAAUAAUUAUAUAUUGAUUCUUUUUGGCGUACUGCUAUUUUUGACUUUAUUCACAUUCAUUGCUAACUUAGUCUGGACAUCAAGGAAUGAAAGUAAAAUGUGGUACAUGCAAGAAAGUGCUGGCAGUAGAACCGCUGUUCGUCGUUUACUGGACUUUAUCACAUGCCUGAUUUUGUAUAAUACGAUCAUACCGAUCAGUCUACCGGUUAUGCUUGAAGUUGUACGAUUUAUUCAAGCAUGGUAUAUAAAUUUGGUAAAAAACGGAGGAAAAGUUACCCUACGUUAUGCCGUUAAUAUGUUGAUAACAUCAUUCAUUAUGUAUCAUACAAUGGUACCAAUCAGUCUGCAAGUUAGCCUUGAAGUUGUACGACUAUUUCAAGCAUUGUUAUUAAGUCGUGAUCUGGAUAUGUAUGAUCCUGACUCAGACACACCGGCUAUGGCGCGUACGUCUAAUUUGAAUGAAGAAUUGGGUCAAGUCCGUUAUUUAUUCUCUGACAAAACUGGAACGUUGACACGUAAUGUAAUGGAAUUCAAACGAUGUUCAAUUGGAGGUGUUAUGUAUGGGAAUGAUAACGAAGAUUCUAACGCUUUAGAUGAUCAAAAACUAAUCGACAAGUUGAAUAGUGGUGAUCCGUUAGUUGAUCAGUUUUUCACUGCAUUAGCUGUAUGUCAUACUGUUGUACCAGAACGUCAGUUACCCAAAAGUAACAGUAGUCAUAAUAAUGCUGCUGUAGGUGAUGCUGAUGACCUAGUGAUUGGCGAACAAGCAAUUAUAUAUCAAGCAUCAUCACCGGAUGAAGCAGCUUUAGUUAAGGCAGCGCGUUCACUUGGCUAUGUAUUCACCACUCGAACACCAACAGAGGUCAUGAUCAAAGUUCGUGGUAUUGAGAGACAAUACACAGUAUUACAUGUUCUUGAAUUCACCAGUUUUCGUAAACGUAUGGGUGUUGUUCUUCGAGAACCAAAUGGACGUAUUUUAGUUAUGGUCAAAGGAGCUGAUACAGUUAUCUUUGAACGCCUCGCCAGUACUAGUCAAUACUCUCAGGCUACUAUGGAUCACUUAGAGAAUUUCGCCAAAACGGGUCUACGAACGUUGUGCAUUGCUUGGACUGAAGUUGAUCCAACAUUUUAUGCUAAAUGGGCAGAAAAUUUUCAUAAAGCCAGUACUGCACUUGUCGACCGUGAGGCAAAGUUAGAAACCGUGGCAAAUGAAAUUGAGCAGAAUCUCAAACUUCUUGGUGCAACUGCCAUUGAGGAUAAAUUACAAAUAGGCGUUCCACAGACAAUCUCUAAUUUAAUUCGAGCGGGUAUUUCUGUUUGGGUUCUUACAGGAGAUAAACAAGAAACAGCUAUUAACAUUGGUUAUUCGUGUCAACUACUGACAUCAUCUAUAACCUUACUGACUAUGAAUACAAAGUCACUGGAUCAGACACGUGAACAGCUAGUUAAUUUAAUUGAAGAUUUUGGUGAUCGAAUUCGAAUGGAAAAUGAUUUUGCUUUGGUAGUUGAUGGUCAAACAUUAGAGUAUGCACUACUGUGUGAAUGCAGAGAUCAGUUUCUCGAUGUGGCAUUGUCGUGUAAAUCAGUGAUCUGUUGCAGAGUUAGUCCUUGGCAGAAAGCUCAACUAGUAAAAUUAGUCAGAGAAUCUAUAAAAGAUGCAGUCACAUUGGCCAUAGGAGAUGGAGCGAAUGAUGUUGGUAUGAUACAAGCAGCUCAUGUUGGUGUUGGCAUCAGUGGUAUGGAAGGCAGACAAGCAGCUUGUGCGUCAGAUUAUGCAAUUGCUCAGUUUCGUUUCUUGAAUAAACUAUUAUUAGUACAUGGUGCAUGGAAUUACAAUCGAUUAACCAAACUUAUCCAGUAUUCUUUUUAUAAAAAUAUUUGUCUUUAUUUAAUACAAUUUUGGUUUGCUCUACUCAGUGGAUUUUCUGGUCAAAUUAUAUUUGAACGUUGGAGUAUUGGUUUAUACAAUGUGAUCUUUACUGCAGCCCCUCCAAUGGCUCUGGGAUUAUUCGAUAGAAGUUGUAGUGUUAGUAAUUGUUUAAAAUAUCCAGAAUUGUACAGAGAUACACAAGCAUCUGCUUCAUUCAAUCGAAAAGUAUUUUUAUGUUGGAUUGUCAAUUCAGUGUAUCAUUCCUCACUCUUGUUCUGGGUUUCAUUGAUAGCCUUUUCUACAGAUACCAUCUAUGGAAAUGGUCAAACUUCAAGCUUAUUGGUCCUGGGCAAUAGUGUGUACACAUAUGUAGUUAUUACAGUCUGUUUGAAAGCUGGUUUGGAGCACACCGCAUGGACGUGGUUGUCUCAUUUGGCUAUAUGGGGCAGUAUUGCUUGUUGGUUCCUUUUCCUUGCUAUCUAUCCACACGUUUAUCCAACAUUACCAUUGGGUUCAGAUAUGGUUGGAAUGGAUUCGGCAGUUUACGGAUGUGGUAUUUUUUGGUUUGGUCUAUUACUGAUUCCUACAUUUGCGCUUACACGUGAUGUUGCAUGGAAAAUGGCUAAACGUAUCGUAGCUGGCACACUACGUGAACAAGUUAUGCAAAUGGAACAAAUGCAGGUUGAUCCAGGUCGACUGAUUAGAUCCAGUUUUCGUCCAAAAUUAUCAGAUCGUUCUGCAAUCCAGAGGAUUAUGCGUCGAAGUACAGGUUCACAGGCUUUACUUCAUUUUUGCCUUGGUUCUAGUGUAAGUGAAAAUACAACACCGACAGCCAUACGGAAUUCUCGACACACAGAUCAUGGUUAUGCCUUUUCUCAAGAAGAACAUGGUGCUGUAAGUCAAUCUCAAUUGAUUCGUGCCUAUGACUCAAAUCGUACAAAGCCAGAAGGAAGAUAAAAGUUAACAAUCAAAUACAAAACUCUUUGUUCGUGUAGAAUAAUGAUUAUUGUCUUUAUCAGUAAAUAUUCCAAUUGCCUUUUACUCACGCUUUUUCAGUCUGCUUAAUUUUAUUUUAUUUUCAUAGGAAAGAGUUUCUUCAACUGAAUUUCUUGUUCAUCCUCAUAUAUAUAUAUAUAUCCGUUUCUAACAUUCUCUUCUGUAACAUUGGCCUUUUCUGGUGUUUGUACAUCCAUUGAACACUGUUAUUGUAAUAAAUGCUUGUUAUAGAAAAGGGACAUAUGUGAAUUCUUCAGCUUUUAUGGGUAUAUAUGUAGAGUAGAAUGUGUGUAUAGACAAGAUCAUUUUCUAUUGUUUCAUUCUGACAACAAAAUAAAGCAUAUUAUACUUAUUUAUUAUAUGGAUAAUAGUGUAGUCUAAUAUGCGUCCAUUUAUUGUUUUCCUGUUGUACAUUUCACCAUGUAGAAUAGUUCGAAAACAAUCAUCUAGGCUUCCUAAAAUGGGAUGUCUAUAAAGAGAAGUGCGAAAGCAAUAAACGAUGUAUGUAUAUAUAUUUCUCUUCAGAGAUAUUCUUUGUCUUCUACUGAUUUCGUUGUUUCUUUACUGUAAUAGUAAAAGUGUGUGUAUGUGUUUUGAAGUCUUAUCGACUUGCUUUCAUCUCACUGUACUAGUGACGAGUGGAUGAACGUCUAGGAUAAAUUGACUACAUAAUUAUUACCAUUACGGAUUACUGAUUUUGUAACAAAAACACUCACAUUAAUACUUAUCCUUGUGCAUAUUUUUUUCUUGUUAUCGUGUAUACACUUACUUGUGCCAGAUAAAUAAAGGAUGAUGUGUAAUUGCAAAAUUUCUGUAAUGUAAUUACGAUUAGAUAGAUCUGUGUGUGUAAAUUAAUUCUGCCUAACUACCCCCUGUUGUAUUACUUCUAUUUCCUGUCCUGUUUGUCUCAUUCAACUUUUUUAACAAUUAUGGCUGUCACUAUUAAUAGCAUUAUUGUUAGUAUUAUUAUUAUUAUUCGCCUAUUUAAACGAUUGGCAUGUCCAAAAAUUUAUAUAUAUAUAUAUAUAUAUAUAUAUAUAUAUAUAUAUAUAUAUAUAUAUGGGAUAAUAGUGUUACUGACAUGUUUGUUAGUUUAUUUGUGUCAAUCAGACAUUGUGGUUAUCAGUGUUUCGCAAUAAAUGGAUUCAUAUUUAUACAUGCACAUACAUUGUAUCCUUGUUGGUGUGUGUGUGUAUGCGUGUGUUUGUUAUGAGGUCAAGUUUUUUCUUUCUUUCUUUCUAAAGCAACAUUUGUGAGGAAUCAAUGAAGAUAUGUUAUUGUUUGUUUUUUAAUGACCUAUAUUGUUAAACAAUUUGGUAUAAGAUUUUGCUUAUAUAUUUAUGUAAAUUACUGUUUCUUCCCCGCCUCCCCCCCCCACACACACCCCUUUUUUUCUGUGUCAUUUUUCACUUCUUUCUUACCAAUAUGAUUAGUAAAUCUUCUUACAUCUUACAAGUAUCUUUCAUUUUUGAAAUUGACAAAUACAAUGAGAAAGUCAAUGGAAAAAGUGUACAUCGAAGCUUUCUGAACUCCAUUUAGUAUUAUACCUAUCUACCACAAAAAAAAUAAUAAUCAGACUGUAAUCUCUAAACUAUAUAUUUUUACGUAUUCAUAUGUAUUUCAGUCUUGUAAAGUUAAUAUUUAAGCAAAUAAAAAUAUCUGAGUA